AUUGGUGAAUGUUGUUUUCUGUAGUGGUGCAUGAAAUAUUGUAAGGACUUCAGCAAACGAAAUAUAGACUAAAUCAAACCAUGUAACUCAUGGAAUAAGGCCUACAACAGAAAAUAUUAGGAUGCUUAACACCAAGCAAAACGCACCCUUGCCAAUCCUAGAUUUUUGUUUCGAUGAAUAUGAAAUUCUCGAGAAAUUGGAUGAUGGAGAUGAAGCAGAACCAGGCUGAAUGUAAAUAAGUGGAAGCUGUGAUGUUCUGGAGUCCAAGUGUUCGCUGAAAUUUCCCAAUGAAGUUCCCACUCCUUAAUCUCUGAAUCAUCAACAACCUUGCCAUCUUACCAAUUCCCAGCAAUGGCAUUGCCGGCAGCAAUCCAGAGAUCCGCAACCCCCAGCACUGCCUUCUCUCCCUUCCCACUUCAACGCCUCUCCACCUUCAAAAACCCCUCUUCAUCUCCUUCUCCAUCGUCUACCACCACCACCUCCUCAUCCCUCUUCGACUCCUUUGCCUGUGACCCCAUCCUUUCCCCCUUUUUGUCCACUUCCUUCUCCUCCACCUCUUUCUCCGCUGCUGCGCUCUCCUCUGGUUCCCCUGCCUCCACUGCCGAACAUCUUCUCCAAGCCAUCCACCUCCUUGAUUCCCAGCUCCGCUCUCAUGUUCUCUCCCACCAUCCCCUCCUUCUCGGCCAGUUGUCUUCUCUCAAGAACGCUGAGCUGUCACUCUCUACCCUCCGCUCCUCCGUUUCAUCGCUGCCGUCUUCUCUUCAUCGCAUCCGAUCCGAGCUCUCCGAUCCCCACAAAGCCGUCCUCUCUAAGACUGUGCAGCUCUCCAAUCUCCACCGCACCUCCGAGCUCCUCUCUCAUUCCAUCCGCUCCAUCCGCCUUUCCAAGAAACUCCGCGAACUCACGUCUUCUGCCGAGGCUGAACCUGAGAAGCUGGAUCUCACUAAGGCUGCCCAGCUGCAUAGUGAGAUCUUGAGCUUGUGUGAUGAAUAUGAUCUUGCGGGCAUUGAUGUUGUUGACGAGGAACUUAAUGCGGUGAAAGAGAUAGGGAGUAGGUGACGAAGCGAGGCAAUGGGUGUCCUGGAGAGGGGAAUGGAGGGGCUGAAUCAGGCUGAGGUUGGUACUGGGUUGCAGGUCUUUUACAAUCUUGGGGAGUUGAGAGAGACUGUGGAGCAGCUGAUGAAUAAGUAUAAGGGAAUGGGUGUGGAGCGUCAGUGCGGCGUUGGAUAUGAAGGCAAUUUCAGGAGGGGAUGCGGGAUUUGGGCCUGGAGGGAUACGGGGGAGCGGAACGCCUCAGAUUGGUGGAGGUUGGAAGGCAAAGGAAGCCUUGUGGCAGAGAAUUGGAAGUUGUAUGGAUCACUUGCAUUCCAUUAUGGUUGCUGUUUGGCACUUGCAGAGGGUUCUGUCCAAGAAGAGGGAUCCAUUUACGCAUGUCUUGCUGCUUGAUGAGGUCAUCAAGGUAAAAUUUUUGAAUCUUUAGAUAGUUAAAUACGUUAUUGUGCUGUACAUUAGAUUAGAGAUUGCGUAGCUUAGUUCAUUUGAGUUCAUGUUUUCUGUAGAUCAAUGUUGGUUAUUUGAAAGAAAGGCUACUCUUUUCUUGCUAUUUUUUAGUUUUUUUGGUUAAAACUGAUCCCAUACAAUAUCUUCAUUAUAUUUAUGUGAAUGAAUUCUGUGCUUUGUCUCUGAAUGAUAAGAGGAUACUGUACAUGCUUUAAAUUGCAGUUUCAUUUUGACACAAACCAUGCUCUUCCAUUAUAUUGUUACUUACUGCAUGACUUUAUCCUGCCAUUUUACUCCCUCUCCGCUUUUUUUUCCUUACAUAUCUAUUACUUGUUCAAGAGGGUGAUCCCAUGUUAACUGAUCGA